UCUUUUAAGCACGAGCAAACUCGAACCUAGAACUUAGCUGGUACACCCUUGAGGGCUCUCUGGCUGUAGCCAGUAUUAGCAGUGACUCAGGCAAAGCUAAACAAAGGCAAGCUGGCACCUGGGGAGGUGUUCAUUGCCAGUGACCUCAUUGUGAUAUUCAGCUUCUUUUGCUCGAGGCAACACAUCUGGGAGAAUUGCUGAAUGUGUAAGAAAUUUAAAUGUCUCUUUCUGCAGUUGAUACUUCGAGCAGGGUUUGGUUUUGUUUAUUGUGUUUUUUUUGGUUUUUUUUUUUUUUUUUUGUUUAAGCAAAUGAUGAUUGUGUGUUACAGAGUACAAUGAGAUUGGUUUUGUGCAAACUAUUUAAAUUUUCCUCUUUUUCCAGAUUAUUUUCACUACUGAAAAGGAACUGCAAUGGAGAGUACGGUAUCAGUUAUUUUCCUUGUAUCAUUUUCCAUACUGCUGUGUGAAAGUUACCAUCAUGGAGUGGAGAUGGCUACUGUUGUGCAUACAUCGGAGAGAGCUUUUCCAGAAAAGACAGUGGGUGUUAAUACUGACUUAGCAGGACUAAUACAGAAGUUGCACCUUCAAGAACUUUUUAAUCGUUAUGGAGAAAACAACUCUCUGUCAAUUGAUGGGUUUAGAAAACUGCUACAGAACAUAGGUAUAGAUAAAAUGAAAAGAAUUAAAAUAAGUCACCAUCAUGACCAUGACCAUGAUCAUCACUCUCAUCAUAAUCAUGUUUCAUUGAGUAAAAGCUCUGAGAAGACUGCAUGUCCGAACCAUGAAUCUGAUGCUAGCAAAGACCACAGGAACGGCCACGCAAAGGAGCCUCAUAAAGCCGAGAGCGUGGAACGGCAGCAGAACUUCGUGCGCAGCAAGAGCACGGCUCACGAGAUCACGGCGUCCGUCAUCACCGCUUCCGCAGGCGGCCACGCCGAGCUCCAGAACGCGCAGCCUGGAGAAGUCAAGACGGUUGUUCGUGUGGCUGUGGCUGGCCCUGGUGCUGUUAAUGUCACCGGGGGCCGCAAUGCCACCUGGCUUGGUGCCACAAAGGUGAACGAAUCUCACGCUUCUCCAAAGGAGCUGGAGAGAGGGAGCUACCUCUAUUCUAAACUGAAAAAACAAAACACUCAAGAGUGCUCCAAUGCAUCCAAACUGAUGCAGUCGCAUGGAAUAGGCACUCAAGUAUUGUUGACUGCUACAGAAUUUAGUUAUCUCUGUCCAGCUCUUAUUAAUCAGAUUGAUGGCAAAUACUGCAUAGUCCAUGCUACUAGUGAAAAAGCUGAAACUCCUCCAAAAAGUUACUCUCUGCAAAUAGCUUGGAUUGGUGGCUUUAUAUCCAUCUCUGUCAUCAGCUUUCUUUCCUUGCUGGGUGUUAUAUUGGUACCACUAAUGAAUCGAGUAUUUUUCAAAUUUCUUCUGAGUUUUCUUGUGGCAUUGGCUGUGGGGACCUUGAGUGGAGAUGCCUUCUUACACCUCCUCCCACAUUCUCAUGGAAACCAUCACCAUCACCAUGAAAAGCCUCUGCUUGAUCAAAAAGGCUCUAUGUACAAACAUCUUGUUUUUCAAAGUACAGAGGAGAGUGCUUACCUGGAUUCUACGUGGAAAGGGCUUACGGCACUUGGAGGCUUGUACUUCAUGUUUCUAGUGGAGCAUUUGAUCACUUUAAUAAAGCAGUUUAAAGACAAGAAGAAAAAGAAAAAAAAUGAAGAUGAUGGAGAAAGUAAGAAGUUUUCAGCAAAUGAAGAAAAGCUGGAUACGGAUGAUCGGCCUGAGGGCUAUUUAGGGGUAGACUCUCAAGAUCCAUCAACCUUCAUUUCUCAGCAGCCAACUGUGCAAGAGGAAGAAGAAGUGAUGAUAGCUCAUUCUCAUCAAGAGGAGGUUGACAAUGAAUAUGUGUCCAGGGGCUGUAGAAACAAAUGCCAUUCUCACCUGCACGAUACUCUAGGACAGACAGAUCAUCUAAGUCACCAUCACCAUGACUACCAUCACAUUCUGCACCACCAUCAUCACCAGAACCAUCAUCCCCACAGUCACAGUCAGCGCUACUCACGGGAAGAACUGAAGGACGCAGGGAUAGCGACUCUGGCGUGGAUGGUGAUCAUGGGAGAUGGACUACACAAUUUUAGUGAUGGACUGGCAAUAGGAGCAGCCUUUACUGAAGGGUUUUCUAGUGGUUUAAGCACUUCUGUGGCUGUAUUUUGCCAUGAAUUACCUCAUGAGCUAGGAGAUUUUGCUGUCCUUCUAAAAGCUGGUAUGACUGUCAAGCAAGCUGUGCUUUACAACGCUCUGUCAGCUAUGCUGGCCUAUCUUGGUAUGGCAACUGGAAUCCUUAUUGGCCAUUAUGCAGACAAUGUUUCAAUGUGGAUAUUUGCACUUACUGCUGGCUUGUUCAUGUAUGUGGCUCUUGUGGAUAUGGUACCUGAAAUGCUCCACAAUGAUGCCAGUGACCAUGGAUGUAGCCGGUGGGGAUACUUCCUGUUGCAGAAUGCUGGGAUUCUCCUGGGUUUUGGGAUAAUGCUGCUUAUCUCAGUAUUUGAACAUAAGAUUGUAUUCAGCAUAAACUUGUAA